CGGCCCGAUGGGGGUAAUCGAGGGUUUCGGGGACGCCGAGUGGCGCUUUCCUCUUCCUAGUGAGUGAGGGAGGGAAGUCGGCGGCUCUCGUGCCCGGCCACUUUCCCUGCGCGAUUCCCUGAGCUCCCUGCAGGAGGAGAAAGUCCCCGGCGGGUCGGGAUGGCGUAGUUGCGCCGCGGCGCAGCAGCUGCCGGAGCUCGCGGCCGCCGGGCGCUGGGCGGGGAAACUUUGCUCUGCUUUCCUGCAACUUGCGGCGGGUGGAUCUCCGUUUGACACACUGCCUCAGAGGCAAUUUGAAAAUUGGAAAGAAAGAUUUUAAAGCCACUUUUGAUUUGCAACGAUUGUCAAUAAUCUGAAGAACUACAGGCUGAGGUGACUGAAUGGGACACACUUUUGGAGAAAUAAAAAUGACUUCUCAUUGUGUGAUUGUCAUGUUUGCCUUAAUGAGUUCCUGCUUAGCAACUGCAGGUCCAGAGCCCGGUGCCCGGUGUGAACUGUCUCCCGUCAAUGCCUCCCAUCCAGUCCAGGCCUUGAUGGAGAGCUUCACUGCCUUGUCGGGAUGUGCCAGUAGGGGCACAGUGGGGCUGCCUCAGGAGGUUCAUGUCCUGAACCUACGCGCUGCUGACCAGGGGCCUGGCCAGCCGCAGAGAGAGGUCACUCUGCACCUGAAUCCCAUCUCCUCAGUCCACAUUCACCACAAGCCUGUUGUGUUCCUGCUCAAUUCCCCCCAGCCUCUGGUUUGGCAUCUGAAGACAGAGAGACUGGCAGUUGGGGUCUCCAGACUUUUCUUGGUGUCUGAAGGUUCUCUGGUCCAUUUUUCAUCAAGAAACUUCUCCUUGUCAGCAGAAACAGAAGAAAGGAGCUUCCCCCAUGGAAACGAACAUCUGUUAAAUUGGGCCCGAAAGGAAUAUGGAGCGGUCACUUCUUUCACUGAACUCAAGAUAGCAAGAAACAUUUAUAUUAAAGUGGGGGAAGAUCAAGUGUUCCCUCCCACGUGCAACAUAGGGAAGAAUUUUCUCUCCCUCAAUUAUCUUGCUGAGUACCUUCAGCCCAAAGCUGCAGAAGGGUGUGUGAUGUCCAACCAGCCCCAGGAUAAGGAAGUACAUAUCAUUGAGUUAAUCACCCCCAACUCUAACCCCUACAGUGCUUUCCAGGUGGAUAUCAUAAUUGACAUAAGACCUUCUCGGAAGGAUCCUGAGGUGGUCAAAAAUCUGAUCCUGAUCUUGAAAUGUAAAAAGUCUGUCAACUGGGUGAUCAAAUCUUUCGAUAUUAAGGGAAACCUGAAAGCUAUUGCUCCUAAUAGUAUUGGCUUUGGGAAAGAAAGUGAAAGAUCUAUGAUAAUGACCAAAUCAAAAAGAGAUGACAUUCCUUCAACCCAAGAGAGUCUGGUCAAGUGGGCUUUGGACAAUGGCUAUAGUCCAGUAACAUCAUACACGGUGGCUCCUAUGGCUAAUAGAUUCCAUCUUCGGCUUGAAAGCAGUGAGGAGAUGAGAGAUGAGGAGGUCCAUACCGUCCCUCCUGAGCUACGGAUCCUGCUGGGCCCUGGCACUCUGCCUGCCCUGGACAACCCACCCAUCCGGGGAGGGGGAAGCCGAAAUGGAGGUUUCCCUUUUCCCUUCCCUGACAUCUCCAGGAGAGGCCGGAAGGAAGGGGGAGAAGAUGGGAUCCCUCGGCCAAAGGACCCUGUCAUCCCUGGCAUCCACCCGUUCCCUGAUCCCAGAGAGCCAGAGGAGGUGCAGGGCAGCACAGACGUUGCCCUGUCCGUCAAGUGUGACAAUGAGAAGAUGACUGUGGCUGUAGACAAAGAUUCUUUUCAGGCCAGCGGCUACUCUGGGAUGGAGCUCACCUUGUUGGAUCCCACCUGCAAGGCCAAGACAAAUAACACCCAUUUCAUUUUGGAGUCUCCCCUGAAUGGCUGCGGGACUCGGCUCCGGCGAGCAGCCCCUGAUGGUGUGGUUUACUACAACUCCAUUGUGAUUCAGGUUCCACCCUCUGGGGAUAGUAGUGGCUGGCCAGAUGGCUAUGAAGAUUUAGAGUCUGGUGAUAAUGGAUUUCCGGGAGACAUGGAUGAAGGGGACACUUCCUUCUUCAGCCGACUUGAAAUUGUGGUGUUUAAUUGUAGCCUACGACAGGUGGGGAAUCCCCGUAGCUUCCAGGAUGAACCCAACAGAAACGUCACCUUCAACAUGGAGCUGUACAACACUGACCUCUUUCUCGUGCCCUCCCAGGGGGUGUUCUCUGUGGCAGAGAAUGGACACGUUUAUGUUGAGGUGUCUGUUACCAAGGCCGACCAAGAACUGGGAUUUGCCAUCCAAACGUGCUUUAUCUCUCCGUAUUCAAACCCUGAUAGGAUGUCAGAUUAUACUAUCAUUGAGAACAUUUGUCCUAAAGAUGAAUCUGUGAAAUUCUACAAUCCCAAGAGAGUGCACUUUCCUAUCCCACAAGCCGAGAUAGAUAAGAAACGGUUCAGCUUUGUUUUUAAGCCUGUCUUCAAUACCUCCCUGCUCUUUCUCCAGUGUGAGCUCACGCUGUGUACCAAAAAGGAAAAGGACCCCCAGAAGCUACCCAAGUGUGUGCUUCCUGAUGAAGCCUGCACCUCACUGGAUGCCUCAAUGAUCUGGGCCAUGAUGCAGAAUAAGAAGACGUUCACCAGGCCCCUCGCUGUUAUCCACCACGAAGUACCAUUUAAAGAAACAGGUCCAAGUAUUAAGGAACCGAUUCCAAUUACUCCACAGAUUUUCCAUGGUCUGGACACCCUAACCGUGAUGGGCAUUGCGUUCGCAGCAUUUGUGAUUGGAGCGCUGCUGACGGGGGCCUUGUGGUACAUCUAUUCUCACACAGGAGAGACAGCAGGAAGGCAGCAAGUGCCCACAUCCCCGCCAGCUUCAGAGAACAGCAGCGCAGCCCACAGCAUUGGCAGCACGCAGAGCACACCCUGCUCCAGCAGCAGCACGGCCUAGCCUGCCCCGCCCGCCGUCGAGGGCAGGCCUGGGGGCCCACACCUGUGUCCAGAUUCCAGGCUCAGAAGGCUCAACUGCGGUUCCCUUGUAAAGAGAGUGAAUUUCAGUAUAACCGUCACCUGUUGUGUUCACCCCCCACCCAGGGCUGACAUAAUCGGGCCCCCUGGACUUCUGUAACACACUAGAUUCAUGUGAGAAAGCUAAGGUGGUGGCCUUCUCCACCAGCCCCUCACAGGCUUAGGGGUUUUCAAUGUGAAACACAUGCCAGUUUUUUAAAUGCUGCUUUGUCCAGGUAAGAACAUCCAUAAGUUGAAGCCCUGCCUUUUACCCAGAUACAAGGAGUUGGUAAAAGGAAUAACCAGAUAGUAGAGCCAGUGAAGAGAUGUGGCCAAAGAUUAUUUUCUAACCGAACCAAGAUGUAAAACAAAAGAAAUGCUUCAGGACUUUCUAAGUGUGUUCCUCCAUGUCUAAUUUGCACCUUCAGGAUGCACACUUCUCACCUUGCUGCCACACUUGUGGGACCGCUGUGUCAGCUUGAUGGGUGCUGCCCUUGUGGACUGCACCCUGACACACCUCAAGGCAACAUUCCUUCUUGUGCCCUGGGCCAAAACCAGUGCUGAAUUCCUUAUCAGCUUCCUCCUCCCCACGCUCACACACCAACUGCAAAAAUGUCUUAACGCAAAGUUUGUAUUUCUUUAUAAGCAUAUAGAAAUUGAAAAUGGCCAAAAUCUGGGACUGCAGAUUCCUGCUCAUUUAUGACACUGUGCUCUACUAAAUUAAUGUGUAAACAGGGGCAAAAUUCUCUUCUAAAACCUGAGGAGGAAUUUGCACAGUGAUAUAUAUACCAGCGCAUGUAUAUUAUAUGUCAUUUGGCACUUUUGUUUUUUCAGUUGAAGAGAAAACUCACUCCCAUUUAGAAAAUGUCCUACACCUUCAGAGUUGUUUAUUCUUAAAUAUUUUUGGGAGAAUUAGUGAUUCCAUUCAAAACAUGUCAGCCUUUUAAAAAGAUUCUUUCGUAAGCAUGAAGCUCUUAUAAGUUGCAAACAUAUGGCAGAUUCUUUUGGUUUUCUGUUGGUUAUCUGAACAGGGUCACCAGUUCUGCCAAGAAAGUGAUGAGAUUUGGAAAAAGGCGCUCAUUUGGAUGCUUUAGUUUUCUUGCCUUAAAUAUAUCCCCAAACUCAAAAAGAAUUUGAGGUAAAUUUUAUUAAAAUGGAGUAUCAAUAAUAUGCCACUUUGCAGCUAAAAUAAGCUCAACUGAUACCUCUAUGUUAAACACACACACACACACACACACACAAACACACACACGAAAAAACAAUGCCAGAGGAAAGCAUCCAUGCCAAAUCACUUACUACUGAAGAUUACUUGAUUGCCAGUAAAUAUUAUUGUUUUACCAGAAUUCUCCCAAACAACUCAGAACUCUACAAAUAGAACAGGCUAGAUGUUACAUCUAAAAUACCCACAAGCAAAUCUAAAUGCUCUUAAAAUAAGGAAGCUGUGCCUGGUUCUCUGUGAAUAGAGCCUUAAGUAGGAAAUGUUGGUGUUGCCUGAGACUGGAAGGCAGUGUCUACCAGGCAAAUAGGUGGAGAUUGACAGUCAUUGUUACCCCACCAUAGAGUCCUGCUCCAAUUGAUUUCAUAGUUAUAAACAUUCAAUCAAGAUGAUUUUAACCAAAACAGAUUGAGGGCUAAGAUUUCCAGGCUAUCUACACUGAUAAUUUUGCAGAUCUCUACAAAUAAAGAUAGAUUAGAAAAAAAAUUUUGCCUUCAGUUAACUAUAUUUUUAACAUAAAGGUAUCAGCAUGGAGGACUUAGAUUACGCUACCUGUGUUUGAAAAUAAUGCGCUUUGCCUAACCUUCAGCAGAAUGUAUUGUUUUAGCAUAUUCUAUGUAUAAAAAAGUUUAAAGAUGUCUUCAAAGAAGACUAGAGUCUUUAAGUCACUUAUAGCUAUAUUUUACUACAAAAAUCUGUGUAUAAAGAUAUAUUUAAGUGUUUUAGAUAAAUUUAAGUUACUCCAUAUGAAAUGUUUAAUUUCAGUUACUGUGAAUUCUUUUGAUCAGUUCUUUGCUUUUUAAAAAUCCCUAUCCAUCCUGUUAAAAAGAAAAUUAACUAUUAAGAGGUAUUAAAAGAUUCAAUUCUUAGAUGGACAGGGUUUAAAACCUUUUGUAAUAUAUUCAAAUGUAUAUUUUUGAGAGAGAUGCUGCAUUGCCAAUGAUUUUAUAAAUAAUUUAAAAUUAAUUUACAAAUUUAUGGAUGUAAGCCAAGAGAUUUUAAAAGAGAAGUCAACCUUUAUGUAUUUGGGUCUUACUAUCCAGAAGUAUUAUUCAGAUCAAGAAAUUCAUGUUGAUGAAACCUGAUCCUGUGUUAUUGGAGAGUGAAUGUCAUUAAGUAUUUCUGAAAUGUUUCUAAAAAGUGAACAUUUAAAAAAUACUGUGUUUUCUCCCUAGCUUCCUGUUAUAGCAUUUCCAAUUGCUUCAUACUUCACAGUUUUAAUGAAUACAAAGUAUAAGCUCUACUUUAUAACACAUCCUGUAAGUUUCUUUAAAACAGUUUUUAUAUUCCAGUUAAAUUUCUCUAUCUGAAAACUCUUGUUACUGCUGCAGGUUACACCCUUCAUCCGCAGAGGCCACUUUGUUUUGUUUGUUAUAUGCUAAAGCUAUUGUUGAAAUGCUCUAAAUUCCAAGGCAGAUUGUCUGUGUAAUACCCUACAGCUUUUCACCAUGUGGUGUGUACCAGCCAUUACUCUGUAUUUGAAAAGUCGAUUCCUUCUGUCAAAGCUGUUUCUAUAGCAUUUUCUAAACAAAACAAAAGAUCUUUUCCUUGUCUGUAAUGAGAUUGUAAACCCGUUUCCUGUGUGUGUUCUGUAGUGGGCGUGGUUGUGAGUGUGUGUGGGGGUGCGCACCUGCGUGCCGGUCUUUUGUACUGUAACUACCUCAUGGUUUGAGUGAUGGUUGUACUGCUGAUUGUGUUAACAGAGCACAUUUUGUUGGGUGACUCGUGCGUGUGAUUUUUUUUUCCUGUUUGUUUUAGCUGGGGGUUGUUCAUGAAACCAACAGAUGUUUUUCUAAAAAGGACUAUUAUCAGUUUCCAAAUACAAUACUUCUCUCUUCUGGUUUUUCCUGAAUGAGCCUGAUUUUGUUGCUGUUUUUCAUCUAUGAGGGUAAAAAGAGUACCCUGAAAAUCCCUGUGGCCAGUUUGAGCACCCCUGUUGUACUCUUUUUCUCUGUUCAAUGUGUCAACAAAUUUGUGAACAUGCUUAGAUGUAUAGUUUUGAUAACCACAGUUUUAAAUCCUUUAUCUGUGCAUAAUAAAAAGAUAUAUAUCAAUUAUUAA